AUGGAGUCUUCCUCCUCCGCGGCAUCUGCGGUUGACUCCACCACGAAGCUCCUUCAAGAUUUGCGGCUCCUGGGAACUAACCGCAUCGGGAAGGUACCGAUCCGCGAUCCGUUUACCUAGGGACGGGUUGCCCCCUCGCGUUUCUGACGGUUGCUAUCUAGGGUUUGAUCAAACCGUUCAAACUAUUAACACUAUGCCGUGCCAGGCGGCAUCCGUGAAGUUUUUUACCUUAUUGAAUUCAUGGACUAGGCAACGUCUCGAUGUUCCAAAUUGUAUUAAAACUUUUCUUGUUGUAUUGCUCAUUUCGCUGCCCAUCUAUUUCCCGGUUUAGUCUGAAUCUCGUUCCUCGGCCGGGAUGGUUCGUGAGUCUUCAUGAGUUUCUUUAAAGAAAGGUGAAAUCUUCAAUUUCUUGAGAAGUUAGAACUUUAAUGUCGUUCAAAUAGGCAAGUCCUUCACUUUUUUCCGUCUUGUCUGGGUUGCAGAGAUUGAGUAAACCGGCUAUUCUUUCUUGGGUUUUAAUACCGUUUUGAUUAAGACGAAAUCCUCGAUUGUUGUAUUUAGCAUAUGGAUGCCAUGGAGAUGGAUCUCGCAUCGGAAGUCCCAGAUACCCCUGAAAGACUGACAAUUACGUGGGCAGAAGAGGAUGGUGCUGAAAAAGUUGCAAGAGGAGCAUCUUAUUUCAAUGGUAGAAAUCUCAGCCUCCGGGCUGAAGGCGCCAACUCCUCUAACGGAAUCGAUAAUGCAAGCCUAUUCAGACAGGGAAGGCUAGCUUCUUUAAUCUCCAGUCCGUGUGAUGCUGAGCUCUAUUACACCGACAAGAAGUUUCCUUCUGGUAUUUCCCAUCCCACUAGAUGUAGGAGCGCUCGGAGGAGGAUGGCACAUGAUUUUCAUGGUGAAGGCCAGAGCAAUCAUAUUAGUUCGAUUGGUGUUCUAUCAUCUCCAAGUGGGUCUACAAUGGCGACACAGUAUGGGAAUGUGGAUUCCCUGGAAUUGUCUGAAGAUAACCUUGGAACAAAAGGAAUAGCUGGAAUUGCUGCAGCUAGUGCAAAGUCAGCACAUUGUUCUAUGGAUUGGGGCAGUGAAUCUCGAAAUGUACUCUCUUUGAUGAAUGAUUCGCGAACUAUAACUGAAAAUGCUACAUCACAGCCUCAGAGAUUGGUGCACGACGGUUCCAUCUCUUCCAGCAAUGGCAAAAAGGAGUGUCUUUCUUCAGUUCACGAAGAAUCAAACUCAUCUCUGGCGGGAAGAAGUCGCCCUGAGAAAGGGAAAGGAUUAUACUUCUCAAAUGAUCCCACUAGAUGUAGGAGCGAAAAGGCAUCUACUGAAUCUCACCAACUUAGUAUUCGUCAGAAGAAUUUUGGGCAGAAAAGGCUCGUACGCAAUGGGUGUAUAUCUCCUAUAAAUAUAGCAAAGACCACUAAUCUUGCAUCUGGGAAGAAUGAACGAAUCGGAAAAGUUAACUCCCAGGAAAUUUUAGACGGAUUGUCAUCACGCCAACGACAUGGCCUCAGUCCUGAUUAUGAACUCAGACAAGCAGAUCACGCGAAAGAGGAAAAAAACUUACAGGCAAAUUAUCAAGAUGCUAAAUCCAGCUUUGUGCCAAGCAGGUAGGAAUUUUUUCUAUAUCCAUGUAUCCAUGGUGAUGUCUUGUCUGACAAUUAGUACAAUUAACAAUUAUACUCUUGAAAAAAUCAUCCAUGUCAAACUUUUCCUUUUAAUGUUAUUUUCGUGUAAAAACUAUUCCAUUAUACUGUUUGGCGAUAUGCCUUUGAUUUUAACCUUUUUCGAUUGUUGAAAUUAAAAUAUUUCUCAAAUUUAAGUAUAUAAAAAAUAUUUUUUUAGAAACUUCAUUACUCGCUGACCAUUCUUUCCAUUAAAACCAGAAACAACUUUAUUUGGUUCCGUGAAGGCCUUGUUACCCAACCGAUAAGGUUGUGUGGGAUCACCUUUGUCAAUCGGUCUCUUCUACCACUAAAUUGAACAGAAAAAUGUAGGAGCUAUAUUUAUCUCCAAUUUUCGCUGUCACAUCCUUUACUACAAUGACUUACUGAAUCAUUGUCUUAUCAGUUCAUCCUCAAAUGUUGUUAAAGCAGGACCAUGAAUCUCGUCCAAAGUACUGUCCUUUUAUGAUCUAGUAAAUCCUUAGCUCAGAUUUUGAAGUUAUGGAGAGCUGAGAGCACCUGCAUACAUUCCAGAAGCCUUGUCCAUGACUUUCUGGACACUGGUAGAACAUCUGUCUGGGAGGAUGAAUGGCCUUUGAGUUUGUUGUCCACCCCACGCUCCCCUCUCAAUGAAGCUGAAUGAAAAUCAUCUCUAACCAAUGGCUAUGUGCCUGCAACCUGAGUUGUCGGAUUGGUAUGGUGAAUGCUUUUCAUCAUUAUUAUCCAAGAGAACUUUAAUGAAAUGGUCUUGAGUAUGCCUGGGCUUAUGUUUGCCUUCAGCUCUAAUAGAACAAAAGAAGGGAAAGUUUUUAUAGGAAUUAUGAGUGAACGGUGAAUUUUUUUACAAUCAGACGUCAUUCUUAUCACUGAACUAUCUGUGACCGUCAGUACAGAUAACGAGAAUUAUGUCCUUGAAUAGUUAGGGAUGUAUACUGAAGCAUGCUGAUCUCAAUGGAUUUUCCUGAAACGUCAAAGUUGUCCUUUUUUGUCAAUGGUAUUCUAGAAUCCCUGGUCCUCUUUGGAGCCCUGUGUAAAAGGUUCCCUAAGUGCUGAGCAUCAUUGUGAAUAGGUAAUGGUGAAUGCAGAGUGUUUAGUUUCAGCAGGGCAGAACUUUGAAUAAGGACAGGGAGCAUUUAAAAUCGUUGGAGAGAAGCCUAUUUUUUUAAAGGUCAGGAAUCACCCAUACCGAAUAUCCAGCUGAUCUGAUAGCGUAUGUGGUAACAUUCACCAUUCAAAUUCUCAAAGGCCUGAAGGAUCCGCGUAUCUGAUCCCAUGCUGGCUGCAGAUUCCCAUCCCGAGUGGCAGACAUUCCUGAUGGGGAAAAUCGUGUAACAUUGAUACCCAUUGAUGAUAGUGAAUCGUGGGCAGUGAUGCUUGUCUCCAAGAUUGGUCUUGCUAUUUUGUGCUCUCAUUUCACAGACAAGGGGUGCUCUGUAAAAUCAUAAAUGUUUUUAAUAUUUUCUUUAAUGCCUAUCUUGGAGUGUAGAUUUUGUUGAUCUCAUGCUAUCAUUUUUAAGGGAACUGUUACUGCCUGCUAAGGAGAGAGCUGUUAAUGCAAAAUCAACCUCCGACUGCUGUCCUAGUGACAAUAUUAGUUGGAGAAGCACACCCAACCAUACAAGGGAGCUUACCCAACUCAUAGCUCCAGAAGCCUCAAUUUCACCACAAAAGAGGAAUCAUUCUUUUCACUCAUUAGAUCAGCACCAGGAACACGUAUCCGAAGAUAGAAGAUAUGUGAAUGCAAGGCACCCGUGUCAUGGUGUUGAUUCUUUGAAAGCAGCUGCUUCAUCUUCUUUUCCUCGUGAAUCCGAUGUGAGCCUGCUUCCAGGACCAUCUGAAGCUACGGUUGAGCUUAAUUCUGACCGCAAAAGCCAUUUUCCCACACGAAGACCCUCGAGAGGAAAAAGGAAACCCAGCUCUAAUCAUUCUUAUCUUGGUGAAUGUUCUAGUUCAGGAUUUACUGAACAGAAAGUAUCUCAUCGACAAUCAUCAUGGAACCUUUCAAAUGGUAACUCAGAAGGGGGUCAAAAUUUAGAUAACCACGGUGCUACCCUAGAAACAAUCAUAGAUGUUGAUGAACUGCCUUCCCCAGUAUCAAGAAGUAUCACCGACCACACUGAAAGCUGCAUAAAUUCUGAGUCAGAUGCAAGGGCUCAGCAAGUUGUAUCUGAUGAAAUGCUAGCUCGUCAACUACAAGAGCAGUUUUUCAACGAAUCGUCCGGUUUUGAGGAUCCAGACGAGGUUAGGUUUCCUUCUCUCAGGAACUUUGUUCUCUUCCUUUGAGUUAACUCAUGUGAUGGUAGUUCGUUGAUAUGUUUGUUGGGACUAUUCUCACAGUCCAUUCUAGGAAUUGUUUAGUUGCAGGGGCGCAAAAUAUCUCUGACUGGAACCCUUGUUCUCAUGCAGAUUGAUGCUAGUAUACCAUGGUCACUGCAGCAAGAAGAGGAUGCUCGGCGUGCCUCUCUCAUUCGAAGCCGCAGUCAAUCACAGCGUGUAAGUGAUCUUAUAAACCAGGUUUCAAAAUGCUUAUCCAACAUAAGGUAGAUUUAAUUAAGUAUCCUUAAAAUGCCUUGCCGCUGUUCAUUACAAGUUCAUGUUUUGAAUAUAUCAAGAUAUUAGAACCCGUAUCAGUUAAUCGUUUUCUUCCACUUUAACGUCAAGACUAUUGCCAUUUAUGUGCAAACUUUGAUCUCUUUAGGUUGCGAUGCUAUGUCUACCGCAAAUGAUGCCAAUAACGCUUUAAUGUCAACUCUUCUGCAUUUCCAAUGAUCAUGGUAUACUCAUAUUGAUAAAAGCACUAGGCUGCAAUUUGGAGUUCAAUUUCAAGCGAAAUAUGCAGAUCACAAUCAAGAUUUGUGCACCUGUGAAGAUUUAUUGGACCAAAAAAGCAGCUACCUUCUCAUUAAAACAGUGUGAGGAAGCGAUCAUAUAGUUCAGAUAUAUGUAUGUUUAUAUAUAAUAUAUAUAUACAGAAAGAGAGAGAGAGAGAGAGAGAGAGAGAGAGAGAGAGAGAGAGGGAGACUUUCCAUAAUGUCAGCUUAAUCAAUAUAAAAUUUGAAUUGGAUUUACAUCUUCUGCGAACUUUGUUAUUUUUUUCGAGUUUAGUGGUAUUUUGAUUACAUUAUUGGCACUCCAUUUUCUCUUCUGAAAGCUCUGCUUUUAUUCAUCAAGGGACCCUCGGAUUUUAUUUGACUGCGUUUUUUUACAGAGGGGCCCAUCCAUUGCACAUUUGUAUAGACAAUAUCCAAGGCGGCCCUCCCAGGAAUCUACAGUAAAUUCCACCAACCAUCCCCGGAUCGCCUCAUCCGCAAGAAUGGCUCAGUUGCGGAGAAACAUGAGACGCGGGAUGGAUCUAGAGACGGUACUGCUAUCUGCCCACAUGCCGUUGGAAAGUUACUAGUUUGUCUUUCUCUAUUUCUUACUAUCGUGAUACGGUAUGCACCCAGGUUUUAAUCAUAUCAUAGGUUGGUAGAAAUCCUGAACUUUGAUGGUAUUCAUGUGCCCAUGUACUUCUCACAUCAUCACCUCCAUCUAAGUUUACGUUAUAUGGUAUGAUGAUGGUCAAGAUUGUGUGCCCUGUUUCAAUGGUGUUCAAUGUUCUAUGGUGCUGCAAACUGCUGAAGAUUUUUUCGUUUUGCCAUCAUCUUUUCAGUCUCAAAGCUCAGGCCUGGGUCUAGUGUUUUACUUAUGAAGUGGAACCAGUGUCGAGCUGUGAUCGAUUUUAUUUUUUUAUUUGUUGGGGUUGCUGGAUGUGACGGCCAUGUCCAUUCAAGAGAAGCUCUAUGGGUCAGGCUAGAGUCCUCUUGAUUGUUUUUUGUGGGGUCAACUUCUAAGCGACGUUCUCUUUUCGUUUGCCUGUUUGUGAUUGUGUUGACUUUAAUUAUUUUUGGUUUUCGCUGGUCAUUUUCAUGCUGUUGAAUAAUAAUAUUAAUAAUAAAAAUCAUGAGAGCUAAUUUCUGAUCCUUGCAAUGAAAUUCGUUUUAAUGUGAUCUGCAGAGGAUUAAUUUCUUGGAAGCAUUAGAAGUAGCGUUCAACAUCGGUAAUGAUCCCAGGGGCGAUAUUCUUCAUGCUCAGCGGGAUUUCAACGCGUAAGUCUGGUUUAUUUGAUGGGCCAAGUUAAUCAUAUGGUGAAAGCCCGGCGAUUCCUGGCCACCAUCAUCACCGGAGUCUUUAAUUUUUCAUAAAUUUGAGAUUUUCGAUGCCAUUUGUCGGGUAUUGAUGAAGAACUCGUGUUUUUUCGUUUGAAUCUGCUCGUAGAAAUGACUACGAGCUGUUGCUGGCCCUCGAUGAUGACAACCAUCGGCAUGUCGGCGCUUCUCUCCAGCAAAUCAGCAGCUUGCCCGAAUCGGUGAUCCAGGUAGAGAUCUAUGAGUCUGACUGAUCGAUCUUCUUCUCCGUGAUGAUCCCACCAGUGAUGAAACAUUGCUGCUUUCUCUCACCUUCAGACUGAAAAUGUUGAAGAACCGUGCGCCAUCUGCCUGGAGACGCCCUCAGUUGGGGACACCAUCCGCCAUCUGCCGUGCUUGCAUAAAUUCCACAAAGAUGUAGACGAACUUCUCCCUGCUCCUUCCUCGUAGAUCGAAGAGAAGUUCUGUUUAUCUGGGAUUUGGUUGGAUGUCUGAUCCGUCUUCUGGCAAUCGCAGUGUAUCGACCAGUGGCUCCGGAGGAGGACGACGUGCCCGAUCUGCAAGUCGGGGAUCACAUAG